AUGAAUAUGUUGGAUGAUGAAGAUGACCAAAGCUUUCACGCUAUGCGUGACGGCUACUCCCAUUUGAGCGAUGUCGAAUGGGAUGCGGUUGAACGAAUGGGUUCGACCAUGGGCAUCCAUGCUGUUAGCGUCAUGCUAGAGGCUCUCAAUAGAGAUGCCCAACAUGCUACUAUCGCCAAGUUCAUUCAAAAUGAACUUGACGCAGAACGCGAGAAAGUAGCCUUGCUUCACCAACAAGGUUCUCAACAAGCAGAGUUGUUGAGAGAACAAGGUGCUCAACAGUUUGAACUGUUGGAGACAGCAGCAGGCUGCUGCUGGCGGGUCGAUGCACUCGCGUCGGCCCGAGACUUUGAAGAUUGA